AUGGAUACAGAUGUGGCCAUCAUAUGUGGCCAACUACGAGGGACUCCCCGAGUGCUGUGUAUCACGCACCAAAAACCAACCCAAAAGUUACAGGUCGGGAAUGAAAGGCUAGGAUUUUGGAAGGGUCGAAGUUGUGUUCUUUCCAUUCAGACUUGGGCCUACCCCGCCUUAGCUGAGACCAACGAAGGGAGACAUACAUUACUCACAUCUCUUAUCAAUAAACUGAGAGUUUUUAAAGCAAUACAACACCAUCGUCCAUUCUUAUUCCCCGAGUGCAAAUCUGGUAACUGGUCUCUUAGGACAAACCAAUCUAAGUUAACACGACUGAUGUAUUACACAAGCUACAAUGCCCUGCAUAGAGAGUGCGCCACCCAGUAA